GUGGAUGGUGUGAUGACCCUGGCCGCCGACUUCCGGUUCCUAGGGAUGCGCAUCCGGGUUACGUUAACGCCGCCGUUUCCUCCAGCCGCCUGAUUCUGCUGUGGGUCUGGACUGGCCCCCAUGUCCUGCCCUGGGGCCUCUGUAGCCUUUGGACUGUGAAGACUGCUGAGAGACACUUGCAAUCCAGUCACAUAAGCAUAAUAAAUAUUGGUCCUCAUGGAAGAAGAGCAGGAUUUACCAGAGCAACCUGUGAAAAAAGCCAAGAUGCAGGAAUCAGGAGAGCAAACUUUAAGUCAAGUAAGCAACCCUGAAGUCAAUGAUCAGAAACCUGAAACUUCAAGCCUUGCUUCAAACCUUACCAUGUCAGAGGAAAUUAUGACAUGCACCGAUUACAUCCCUCGCUCAUCCAAUGAUUAUACCUCACAAAUGUAUUCUGCAAAACCUUAUGCACAUAUCCUCUCAGUUCCUGUUUCGGAAACUGCUUACCCUGGGCAGGCUCAGUACCAGACACUGCAGCAGUCUCAACCCUACGCUGUCUACCCUCAGGCAACCCAAACGUAUGGACUACCUCCUUUCGGUGCAUUGUGGCCAGGUAUGAAACCUGAAAGUGGUUUAAUUCAGACUCCAUCUCCAAGUCAACACAGUGUUCUUACCUGCACUACAGGGUUAACCACAAGCCAGCCAAGCCCAGCACAUUAUUCUUAUCCCAUUCAAGCUUCAAGCACAAAUGCCAGCCUGAUAUCCACUUCAUCUACAAUUGCCAAUAUUCCAGCAGCAGCAGUUUCCAGCAUCUCAAACCAGGACUAUCCCACAUAUACUAUCCUUGGUCAGAGUCAGUACCAGGCCUGCUACCCCAGCUCCAGCUUUGGAGUCACAGGCCAGACUAACAGUGAUGCUGAGAGUACCACCUUAGCAGCAGCCACAUACCAGACGGAGAAGCCUAGUGUCAUGGUUCCUGCGCCUGCAGCACAGAGACUUUCCUCUGGAGACCCUUCUACAAGCCCGUCUUUGUCCCAGACUACACCAAGUAAAGACGCUGAUGACCAGUCCAGGAAAAACAUGACUGGCAAGAACCGGGGCAAAAGGAAAGCUGAUGCCAGCUCUUCCCAGGACAGUGAAUUAGAACGGGUAUUUCUGUGGGACUUAGAUGAAACCAUCAUCAUCUUCCACUCCCUUCUUACUGGAUCCUAUGCCCAGAAAUAUGGAAAGGACCCAACAGUAGUGAUUGGCUCAGGUUUAACAAUGGAAGAAAUGAUUUUUGAAGUGGCUGAUACACAUCUGUUUUUCAAUGACUUAGAGGAAUGUGACCAGGUGCAUGUGGAAGAUGUGGCUUCUGAUGACAAUGGCCAAGACCUGAGCAACUACAGUUUCUCAACAGAUGGUUUCAGUGGCUCAGGAGGCAGUGGCAGCCAUGGUUCCUCUGUGGGUGUCCAGGGAGGUGUCGACUGGAUGAGGAAGCUGGCUUUCCGCUACCGAAAAGUGAGGGAAAUCUAUGAUAAGCAUAAAAGCAACGUGGGUGGCCUCCUCAGCCCCCAGAGAAAGGAAGCACUGCAGAGACUAAGAGCAGAAAUUGAAGUUUUAACAGAUUCCUGGUUAGGAACUGCAUUAAAGUCCUUACUUCUCAUCCAGUCCAGAAAGAAUUGUGUGAAUGUUCUGAUCACAACAACCCAGCUGGUUCCAGCUCUGGCCAAGGUUCUCCUCUAUGGACUAGGAGAAAUAUUUCCUAUUGAAAACAUCUACAGUGCUACCAAAAUUGGUAAGGAGAGCUGCUUCGAGAGAAUUGUGUCGAGGUUUGGAAAGAAAGUCACAUAUGUAGUGAUUGGAGAUGGACGAGACGAAGAAAUUGCAGCCAAACAGCACAACAUGCCAUUCUGGAGGAUCACAAACCACGGAGACCUGGUGUCCCUUCACCAGGCUUUGGAGCUUGAUUUUCUCUAAGAACUGGAAUGAAGAGCCUACCCCAUGAGCUCCUUUUUGCGUCUGAAGGGAGCUAGAGACCGGAACCAGCUGGGAACUCUGUCUUUCUCCAUGGAAUGCUGGCGAGAACACAAUCACAACCAACAGCUGCAAGAGAUGAAGCUUGUCUUUGCUCAGAGUGAGCUGCAGCCCCGUGUUCCUCACCCAAAAGUGGCAGACAGUUGGAUUGAGAGAACAAUAGACUCACCACAGCUACCGUGCUUUUAAUUCUUCUGUUGUUGGUGUUGUUGUUUGUGUGUGUGUGUGUUGUUUUUUUUUUUUUGGUUUGUUUUGUUUUAGAAAAAAAUGAAGAAAAAGAAAAGGAAUUUCUUGGGGCAGAGUUGCUCUCUGCUUCCAUGACCAGAUUGAGAACUGCUGUUAACUUGUGGUGAUAGGAUAAACGCAGCAGAGUUUUGUAAUAACAUCUCUUGCAGUCUUUAUAAUCUCCUUAGCUGUAGAACAUAUUCCCAGUGAAUGUAUAUGUUAUUUUUAUAGGUAAGGAUCUGGUCUCUGAAGCAGGUUCCCCCCGCCCCUUUCUUUUUCUAUCAAGAAAGGGGUGUAUAAAGUUUCCUUGGAAAAUCAUAACUGAGAUUAUCUGAGAUACCUCUCUGUGACAGGGGCACCUCUCGGCUGCUCCAGUGCUCUGUUCUCUAGGUGGGUUCCUUCCUGCUCUUCCGUCUCCUAGUUUGCUGGACUGUGGGGCAUGGGACACUGAGUAACUUUAGGUGUUGGUAGUUCCCAUCCUGGAAGCCUUAGGCACCUUCCCAAUCCCUCUUCCCUUUCGCCAAGUGGCACAACCCUAGGAACUCCUUCUCUUAGACAGUAAAUUGUAAGCCUUCAGCUUGACUCUUAUUCAAAGAUUAUGUCCCAGGGGGCUUGCCUCCAAACUGGAGAGAAGAAAGUAAGGCUUCUUAGGAAUUUCUGCUUCUCUGCCUCUUGAAACAGGAAGAUUUUACCUUUUCCUCCUGCUGAGAAGGCCUCUUCCCCAGCAGAUGCCCACCCUUACUGCCUCCUCCCCCUUCUUAGUCAUCAGUGAAGGGCCCUUACCCCUUCCCUGCCCUCUGUACUCACAUCCACCUCCCUGAAGCUCUGGCCAGUCCCUGGGCUUUGGACCCAAGUGAUCAAUUCACUGAGAACAGGCUCAUAAUCACAUUUUGGCCAAAACUACCAAAGGAUUUGACUUCCUUUGAAUCCUUUAAGCCCUGUGAAAGGUGGUCUGGGCAUAUAUUUACCCAGAUCAUAGCCAUAAACUGAAGAGCAGUUUUCCCAUGGAAUACGGAAUACCCUCCCCGCUUCUCAAAUCCUAUUCUAAAAUGGGAAACCAGAAGGCCAGAAAGACUUCUGAUUUAAAUGAGGUUAGACCCCCUACUCCAUGCCUGAAAACCUUAUCUUGGGCCAAAUGUAGGAACAUCUCUCAACCUGACCUCUAGGACGACUUGGGGGUGCCCAGGCACUAGUCCCAGCCUUCCAGCCCAGCUGUGCUGGUGGAUGCCCCAUCCCUCCAAGACCAACUGGGGCAUCUGCUCAGGCAGAAUAAACUUCCCUAGAGCUAAAGAAGCUCAGCAUCUCCCAGGCUGCAUAGAGAAAGGUGAUCAUACAAACACCUCAGAGAGAUGCAGUCUGGGUCCUUAGUAGGAGGCAUCCUUGACCAACCCCAGCUAUAAUUGCUUGUACUCAGAGAUUCUGCAUGUCCGUUUCCAGAGAUGUUGCAGCACAAAGGGGCCAGACUCCUUCCAAUGCCAGAUCACACAGAUAGCAGCAGAAAAAGGCUGGUGCACACAUUCCUUCAGAACUGGUUGGGAAAGUGCUUCAUGACUCCCUUUUGGGGAAGAGGUUUUUGGAGAGGAGCUCAAGUCAGCUGCCUCUUUGGCCUGUUUUCUUUGGACAAGAGAUGUGUGGUCUCGGGCAGAACUUCCCUUGGUCUGAAUUCAGCAUAGUUGCCCAGAUGCUGCUCUGCUCUGCUUGGUAAUUGAUCUUAGCUCUGGGGCAGGUCUUUACUUCUGGGCAGUAUGGCUGUUGGUUUCCUGCCCUGUUGGUACUGUGCUUCAGGCUUAUGAGACUGCAGAGUGGUACCCCAUCAUGCACGCAGGUCCACACACAUUUUCCUCUCCCUGCCCUUUGGGAGAAGCUUUUUAUUCCUAGACUAUGACUUGGACUCCUUUUUCAAUGGCCUUUUCCCUCCUGCUCUGACUGUUCAGCUUAGGUCUUUGCAAAAGGAACUUGAAAUUGGCUAAGAGGCGAGGAAGCUCUCUGAGCAGUUGCCAUCUUUGCUGUUUUCUGGUUGUUUAGAAGGCAGACAGAAAAUGGGAGCUUCCUGGCUCCUCUUUGCCAAAGUGAAUUGUCCAAGGAACACAGUGCUGUUCUUUUGACCCUGUGUUUUCCUCCUCCCGAGCACAAAGAUCUGGAAAGGAAAAAAAGUGGGUAGCACCAAGAGCUCUUGGAGGCUGAGGUCCAAAGGAUACUGUGAGUCCUUCCGUCACAGGGGAAGUCCUCUUUACCAGGAAAGAGUCCCCAUGAAAUAAACCACGUGAUAAGUCCUUUGCCCAGCUGGACACUGCGGGUUCUAUAACAUGGGUCUGCACACUUUGUGAUAAGGGCUGGGCCGUCUCUAGUAGGGGAUCUGGAGUUGUCAGGUGUGUCCUGGGUUUAAGAGGUGGCUUUACUUUCGAAUGUAAAACUGACUGUGCCUUAGCAUCACCCUGUCCGGUGCCCCUGGGGCAGCUGGUGGUGUCCCGGAGAAUGGAUGCCUGCUCCAGAUUUAGAUGCCUGUUUAGGCUUUUAUUUGGUUUGGGGUGUUCCUGUCUUCUGCUCUGCAAGUUGGGGGGUUGGGCAAAGCUAGUGUCCUGGGAGAUUUGUGCCACAGCUUGUUCGCAGUUUACACAAACUUGUUCGCAUUAAAGCUCCAGGUAGAAUCUGAUUAGCAAACUCCAGCUGCAGCACAUGGAGCUUCUACCUUGAAUGGAUGUCAGUGCCACUGAACCAUGGCAGGGAGGAGGAGAGGUGCAGAGCCACAUUCUCCCUCUUCCUGGGAGAGCGAUGGUCUAAGCUAAGGGGUGGUGAGCUUGGGGACUUCUCACUCCUGCAGAAGGGGCAGUUAGGACCUCUCUUAAGCAGGCUUUCAUUUCUUACCACUAAAUUAGUUUUUCUUUCUCAUCCAAAAGUUGAAACUCCCCAGAUUACUCACACUGUAGGAGCCAAAUCUGAAUUCUGAGAUUCUAAAAGAUCUUAAAUCAUCAGAGAAAAUGUAGUUCUGCCCCACCUCCGAUCAGCACGCCCCCUGGUCCCUUCCUCUCCUGAGUCAGACGGCUCUAGCAGCAAGGCGACUUGGCUAGUUCCCAAUGCACUGAUGGGAGCCAUCCCAUUAAGGACGACUUCUACUCAAAACAUGACCCUCUGGUCUUCAGAUGCCUCAUUUAGCAGGAAAAGGCAUUGAUUGGAUAUAUUUAUGUGACUGCGGGCAUUUGUGGCUGUAGAGUCCUUGACCAUAAUGUUGUAUGUAAUGGGAACUAUCUUAUAAACUUGAAAAAAUAAAGUUUUUAUUUUCUA